GGAAAGUUAAGAGUUUUGCUGUCUGUCCUAUGAGAAACACAAGGAGAAAGAUCAGAAGGAAGAUAAUGCUCAACCGGUCUGCAAAUCACAUGCUGCCAGUAUUCUUUUUGCAUGCAUUGUUUUUCACUUGUAUGCAUUGCUCUGCUAGGGAUGUCAUAAGCACUGACAAUUUCUUAAGUGAUAGGGAAGGGGACUCUCUUAUUUCUGCCGGGGAAAGAUUUGAACUAGGAUUCUUCACCCCUAAUGGAAGCUUUGGUGGUGGAAGAUAUGUGGGAAUAUGGUACUACAAGUCAAAUCCACCCACAGUUGUGUGGGUUGCUAACCGAGAGAAUCCACUUUCUGAAGCUGGGGGUGUUCUGGCCAUAGCUGAGGAUGGCAAUCUCAGAGUUUUGGAUGGAAGUGGGAGACAUUACUGGGGUACAAAUCUUGAAAUGUCAUCUUCAGCGCACAGGACAGCUAAGCUAAUGGAUAGUGGAAAUCUUAUUAUAAGCGAUGAAGAAAAAGGAAGUCACUCGGUGAAGAUUGUAUGGCAGAGUUUUGCAGCUCCAACAGAUACAUUUCUCCCCGGCAUGAAAAUGGAUGAAAAUUUGGUUCUAACUUCAUGGAGAAGUUAUGAUGAUCCGGCGCCCGGGAACUUCUCAUUUCGCCAAGAUCAAGGAGAGAACCAAUAUAUCAUAUGGAAAAGAUCUAUCAGGUAUUGGAAAAGCAGUACGACAGGUACAUUUUUUGGGUCAGGUGAAAUGUCUUCCGUAAUAUCUUACUUAUUGUCGAAUUUCACCCAGAGAAUAUCUCCAAAUAACUCUGUUCCCUUUCUUACUUCAUCUCUGUAUGGCGACACAAGGCUGGUUAUGACUUACUCUGGUCAGCUUCAGUAUUUGAAGAUGGAUUCACAGAAAGUUUGGUCCUUGGUGUGGGCAGAACCACGAGAUAGAUGCAGCGUGUAUAAUGCUUGUGGUAACUUCGGCAGCUGCAAUAGUAAGUAUGAUUUUAUGUGCAAGUGUUUACCUGGGUUCACGCCUAACUCUCCCGAAGGCUGGGAUUCCGGUGACUUCUCAGGUGGGUGCAGAAGGAAAACAAAUGUGUGCAGAGAGAACGCUGAGAGUGACAGGUUUUUGAGUUUAAAAAUGAUGAAAGUAGGGAGCCCGGAUGCUCAAUUUAAUGCCAAGAAUGAAAUGGAAUGCAAGUUAGAAUGCCUUAACAAUUGCCAAUGCUAUGCAUAUUCAUAUCAAGAUCCUAAAAUCACAAGGGGGGCCGCUAGUGGUGACGCAGUGUGCUGGAUUUGGACUGAAGACUUGAACAAUCUUCAAGAGGAGUAUGAGAAUGGAUGUGAUCUCAAUGUACGCGUAGCAUAUUUUGACAUAGCAUCCAAUUGCAGGACCUGUAGGACUUGUGGUACAAACUUCAUUCCAUAUCCACUUAGCACAGGACCACGUUGUGGCGAUCCCAUGUACUUAAGUUUUCACUGUAACUUCACUACAGGAGAACUUACCUUUGAAAGUCCUGGGGGCACUUAUCAAGUGAUAAGCAUAACCCCUGAAACGCAAAAAUUCAUGAUCCACAGCAGAGACAUAAGUGAUUGUGAGGGUCAAAGUUUGAGGGACAAGCUUCUGCGUCUAAACCAGUCAUCUCCAUUUCAUCUAACUGGCAGGUGCAAUGCUGACCCAAGCACCCUUAAUCCAAUUGCUCCUGCGAAACUUGGUGGGGAAAUAGAAAUGAGCUGGGAUCCACCAUUGGAGCCACUUUGUCGUUCUUUUUCAGACUGUAAGGACUGGCCAAAUUCAAUUUGCAAUGCUUCCACAGAUGGGCAAAAGAGAUGUCUUUGCAAAACAAACUUUCUUUGGGAUGGCUUGAGUUUAAAUUGUACCAUUGAAGGCAGCCGUCGCGGUAAAACAGGCAGGCGUUUGUCUGUUCCUUUGAUUAUUGCAGUCAUUUUCACUAUUGUGAUUGUGUUAAUUCUUCUUUCAAGUACCGUCACCUGUGUUUACAUUUGGAGGAGAAGGAUGAUCAAGACAAAAGAAAUCAGGAGAUAUGUCAAGAAAAAUUCAACGAGGAGCCUGUAUGACAGUGAGAGAUAUGUCAAAGAUUUGAUUGAAUCGGGUAGGUUCAAAGAAGAUGACGGACAUGCCAUAGAUAUCCCAAAUUUUCAUUUGGAAAGCAUACUUGAUGCUACCAAUAACUUUUCAAAUGCAAACAAGCUUGGACAGGGAGGAUUUGGUCCUGUCUACAAGGGAAAGUUUCCAGGAGGACAAGAGAUGGCAGUAAAGAGACUUUCGAGUUGCUCUGGGCAAGGUUUAGAAGAGUUCAAAAAUGAAGUUGUAUUGAUUGCCAAGCUUCAACAUCGAAACUUGGUUAGGCUUCUCGGUUAUUGUGUUGAAGGAGAUGAAAAGAUGUUAGUGUAUGAAUAUAUGCCAAAUAGGAGUCUAGAUUUUUUCAUAUUUGAUAGGAAGUCAUGUGUUUUAUUAGAUUGGGGCAAGCGUUUCAAGAUUAUUUUGGGAAUUGCCCGAGGGCUUCUUUACCUUCAUCAAGACUCAAGGCUAAGAAUCAUUCAUAGAGACUUGAAGACAAGCAAUAUUCUACUCGAUAAAGAGAUGAACCCUAAAAUCUCAGAUUUUGGUUUAGCUAGGAUCUUCGGAGGAAAAGAAACAGCAACAAACACGAAUAGAGUAGUUGGAACUUAUGGCUAUAUGUCUCCAGAAUAUGCACUAGAUGGAUUUUUUUCAGUCAAGUCUGAUGUGUUUAGCUUUGGCGUGGUUGUACUCGAGAUUCUUAGCGGAAAAAGGAACAUGGGAUUUUACCAGGCAGAUCAUGAAUUGAGUCUUUUAGGCUAUGCGUGGCAUUUGUGGAAAGUAGAGAGAGCACCGGAUUUUAUGGAUCAGACACUAUCUCAGACAUACAAGACAGAUGAAUAUUUGAAGUGUGUAAAUGUUGGACUGUUGUGCGUACAAGAAGAUCCAAGUGACCGUCCCACCAUGUCCAGUGUAGUUUUCAUGCUUGGAAGUGAUUCCAAUACCCUUCCAACUCCCAAGCAGCCAGCCUUUGUUGCUAGAAGAUGCCCUUCUAGCAGAGCCUCUACUACCAGUAAAGUGGAAUCUUGUUCACAUAAUGAAUUGACUGUCACUUUAGAAAACGGUAGGUAGCUUAUCUAUUCUAGUCGUUGUUUCCAGAAUUACUGCAAGGCUCUGUUUGAAGCAUCGAUUGCUUUUAAUUGUUUUCAAGGGAAUCCUGUAUUGAUAGUCUUCCAAAUGUAAUGUUGAUGGUCUUCUAUUCCAUCCUUCUAUGUGGAUAUCUAAUCCAAGGAUGAGAUUUGAUGACUGAAGAAAAUGAACAUAAUUUGAAUUUUACCUCUUGAUAAAAUGUUUGACCGGAGGUCUCAUUGUUGAAAAUUUCAA